AUGUCGGAACCAACGCGGUUUCCUACUACUUCGCGAGUGCUGCAAAUAUUUGUCCCAAGGAUUUUAGAAAAAUCAAUAAAACCGAUAUUUUUAAAGUAUUCGAAGGUACAGAGUGACAAGCGUGGUGGUAGAACGUUGAAAAAACAGGUGUUGGACUUUGAUAACGUGAAUGAGCAGUGGCGAGGAGAAGUGGCGCAGGCUGCUACUCUACUUUAUCGUUGUGUACUUCAAAUGAAGUGCACAGAAAUGGAGAAGAUGCUCGGUCAAAUAGUUCCACCGACACUAUCACUUAUCGAUGAUUAUGACGUGAAACUGAAGACCCUGGGUGUAUCCACAUUAGAUUACCUUUUGAAAGAGGUCAGACCCGAAAGCAUUCGACGAUCAGGAUUGGGCGACGUUUUUUACGAGGCGUUGGUCAAUUGUCUCAGUUAUCAAAGUGAAACUUCGCAUUUGCCAUUGUUACGUUUGAGCUUCUCCGCGAUAAUUACGCUGGUCUCAUUGGUUGAGCCAAUAGAGGAGAGAUCUAGAUAUACCAAGUACGAGAAGAUCCUGUCAGAUAGUGUUAUCAGAGGAUUUGUUUACUCGGGGGAUAAAAUAGCGGUUCGCCAAGUCCUGCUAGAACAAAUCCCCCGUCUUGCUGAAGGAUUGGGGAUCGUGAUUGUUAAAUAUUUGCAGGAUUUGAUUCAAAACCUUUGCGCUACUUUAGAAGUUGCAUUAGACGUUCCUAAUAAAAAUGAAAUAUUGAAUUUACAUUUAACGGCUUCGAAAGGAAUCGAAGUGUUAAUAACUAAAUGUUGGCCAAG